CAUUCUUACUUAAACCUUUCCCAAUCUGCCAGCUCACAUGAAAACCUCUUCCCCUUUCCUAACGCCCUCGUUUCACCCAAAUUCACCUGAAGUUUGCCAUGUGCCUUUAUAUUUGUGCCUGUUUUUCACCCCCCUCUCGCUUAGAAUGUCAGCUCCUUGAGAGCAGAUGCUUGUCUUAGGUUUGCCACCAUGCUCCAGCUACCUUCUUCUUCUCCUUCGGGGCUCUUUUUCCCAUUCAUGAGUUCGUACUUGUGAGUUCCUCUAUUUAAGGAAGGGUCUAGACCAGUCAUCCUUUAUUCUCUGGUCUUUGUUGUACCUUCUUCCCCACCCUCUUUUAAACUUUUUUUUUUUUUUUUUUUAUGUGUUGUUCUCACCCGUCAAAAUGGAAGAGUCUUUAAUUGGGGAACUGUGUUUCUUUUAGUUUGUAGUUUUAUCAUCACAGUGCCUGGCAUGUAAUAAGCAAUUAGCAAAUACUUGUAGGUUUAUGCAUCGUUAUCUUCUCAUCCCCAACAAAAUACUAGCCCCAUCCCCCCUCCUCCACCAGCUUUUAACACAGACAAGGCUGAACACAGCAGAUGCUCAAUAAAUAUACUUCCAUAUGUCUUUGCCGGCCUCGUCAGGGUGGGUACUCCUUCCCUUCCACCAGAACAUAUUUUAUCUUUUCCCACUUUCCCACUUUUUUUUUUAAAUAAAGAGGGGCGUACCCAUAGGAUUCAAGGCCUUGCUUUGGCUUUUUCUGUAAGUGAGCCAGGUUUUGCCUGGAGCGUUUUGCCUGGGCAGCACACACCCUUACGUCUACCGGGUGGAUGGCAGGGCACCACUGGGUAAACGUUGCUUGAUUAAUUGAUGAUCGCCUUUAUGCUUCUCGCAAAGGAGAAGCCCCAGCAGCUCAGAGACGGCCGGGUUUCCUCGCGCCGAGACCUGGAAGGCCCCAGCGAGGGAAGGGGGAGGGGGGGCAGUUCCACCAGCCGCAGGUUCCCCGCAAACAGCCUGGGGAGUGACAGACCCCGCCCUGCUUCCCGGCCGAUCGCGGAGUGCAGCUUUCCGGGUUUAUCAGGCGGUGUAACUCCUUAGGGGAUGCUGGAGUCCCGGCGCCCGGGAAGGCCCCGGACUGAGUGAUGGGGGGCCAGCAGGGAGGACGAGGACGAGGACCGAGCACGGUUUCAGGUCUUUUGGAGGAAGCACCGAGAGUCAGGGUGGGGGUUUGUGCUGAGUCCAGUCCGCAGGGAGCAGGGGGCUCCAGCCCUAGCUGGCUGCCGGGAGGGGGAGGGGGGCCGGGAAGGAAGAGGGGAGGGGAAGGGGACAGUGAUGGACAGGGAACAGCGAGGCCAGAGUAAGGAGGGAAAGAGGCGGGGCGGGGCUGCUGGAGAAGGGACGAAGGGAGCAGGGGGCAGCGGCGGGCAGGCGGCAGGGCAGGACUGGGGGAUCGGGACUAGAAGAGCGGGCAGGGGGCGGGGUCCCAGGUGAGACAGCAGUGGGCGUCCCCGGGUCCCAAUCCCCGCCCCCUCCGCUCCUUUUCCCCCUCCUCUCUUUCACCUCCUCCCCUUCCCCUCCUCCCUUCGCUGCCGCCAGCCCGGCCCGGCCCGGCCCCACCUCCCAGCUCAGUCCCAGGAGGGCUGAGUUGCGGUGGCGGCGCGGCGGCGGCGGCGGCGGGCGGCCCUGUCUGGGGCUCCAGGAUUAGCCUCAGCCUCCCUCUUCCUCCACCCCCACAUUCUCUCCAUCCCCUUGCCCCCGGCUCCAUCUUGCUUGGGCUGCAGCCUCCCGGGCACCUGUGGAAGAGUCGCCGUCUCCGCCUCCCCUCCGGCUGCUAGGUCAACGUGACACUUUCCUCAUGACAAAUUUGUAAGAGGACAUUCUGAAGUUUCCCUGAGCUGUUUUGCCUCAGUAAGAAGAUGAGACCAAAAGGAAGAACCUAGUUGACCUGAGCUUUUGGAAAAAAUCCUGGAAGGGAAGCCUCUGUUGGCCAUGGCCACCAGCGACUCUCACCCAGAGUGCCAGCCCACGUCGACUCUCCACGGCCAGCCCCUGUCCAAGAGCUCCUCCAGUCUGCUGGCUGACAGACCAGCCAGUGGGCAGGAACUCCGCAAGAGUGUCAGUAGUACCGUCUGCCCAAGUCCUACUGGGGAGGCUGAGCCGAGCCAGUUGGCUGGAGAGGGUGUCGCCGGGACCGCAGCAGAACGCGAAGUGGGAAGUCCAUUGGGAGCAGGGAGCCCAGAGCAGGCGCCCUGCCCCUGGCAAGACAAAAGCUCUGCCUUCCGCUCCAAGAGCAGCACUGUUGGAAAUGUGUACUCCAUGGGGGAGAGGGAGCUGUCCCCUUCGAGCCUGGGGGUGCCAGGGGUGGUCGUGCAGCGGAGCCAUUCGGACCUAGCCUCUGGCUGCCGGCAUCUCAGCCUCAAUGUUCCCAUGGAGGCCAGUGUGAGCUGCUCUGCCCUGGGGUCCUCACCAAGUGAAAGAAGCAACCUCCUUCCUAAGAGCAUGUUCAUGCAGAAGCCUGGCCUGGGGCACUAUGAUAGUACGGACUCAGACAAACAGCCGCCUUUCCCAGGGUCGACUGAUGAUGUGGGAGGGGAUCUGUUCUCCCGAGGUGCUGAGGCUGCUGGGGAUGCAGAAGUCACCCUACCCGCCUCUUUGCCUGGGGACAGCUCUGGGAGUGACUCAAUUCAGGACCCAGGGGCUAGGACCCAAGGCAGCACCCCACCUUGCUCUGUGCCCGUGGCUCCUGGCCACAUCCACACGGCCUCUUCUCCCUACUGCCCGCGGCAGGCAGAGACUGCUGUGAGGACGAAUGAUACCCACUCAGCCUACUGCCACCCCCUGCCCAUCCCAUCUCUGCAGGUUGGCCCUGGGAUGCUGUGCCCCAUGAAUGAAAUGGGCGUCCCUGGAUGCUGCCAUGUCCUGUCCACACCGGAGAUCCUGCCGUUUCCCAAGCUGGUGUCCUCUGUGAGUGAAUCUGGCCUCCAUAACCAGCACUUGGUUAGGUACCACCGCCUGGCGGAAGAGGCACCAGUUUGCAUCCAUUGUUACGCUCCGAACAAGUGCCCACAGCAGGAAUCCAGCGCAGGUUCUGUGCUCCUGGCAAGCCCAUCAGCUCCAGACCCUGUCACCAAGACCAAAGACGUGUCCACCAUGACCUCCAUUGGUGACCUGGCACUGGGGCCGUUGAGCUCUCUGCAUUGCAGGGAUGCUGAGGUACAGACAGCUCCGUCCACAGCCUGCAAGGCUGUGGCCACCAGUCCCUCUCCGCUCAAAGACCAAGUGCCCCCCCAUGUAUUCCCAGAGGUGAACUUAGAGGUCAGCAGAGAGGAGCCCAAAUCCCCAGUGCGUGAGGUCAGGUGGGAUGAAGAGGGGAUGACCUGGGAGGUAUACGGAGCUUCGGUUGAUCCAGAGGUUCUGGGCCUGGCCAUCCAGAAACAUCUGGAGAUUCAGAUUGAACAGUUCCAGACAGUUCCCUCAAAAGAGGGUACCCAGUCGGGUGGUGAGGAAGCCCUGAUUAAGGAGGGGAAAAGAAGGCCCUUUCGAACCAUGAUCCAGUCCCUGAGACGUCCCAGUUGCUGUGUCCACUCGAGCACAGCUGUGGAAUAACAAGGAUGCCCUUUCCUUUGUAUUCUCAGACUUUCUGGGAAUGGCUGGUUCCCUCUGUAUAGAAGAUGCAUUAUUCAGGAAAAAAAAAUCAUUACAAAGCCCUCUGGGAUUGGGAUGCCAGCCUGGAUGGAUAAGAAGUGUCUGAGGCAGUCACUUAAUUAGCAACACUCCCAGUUGACUCAAGUGGGAGGAAAAGAGAAAGAGAUGGAAAUUGUCAGUUGACUGCCAUUGAAAAAUCUCUGUCUGUUGACUCAUCACCCAUCUCUGCCUUCCUGUGCUGGAGCUAGACUCCAGCCCAUCUAUUUAGGUGCCAUAAGCACUGAGGAGUGUUUCUGGGUUUUUAAAGAGUCUAUUUAUUGCAUCUCUACUUAAUGGGGACUAGGCUUUCAAAUUUAGCUUCAAAACGUUCUUUUUUGUUUUCAGUGUUACGUUGGUUAACCUCAUUUCAGACCUAAUGCUGUAGUCUUAUGAAACCUCAAUACCAAAUGUGAGCCCUCUCCAUAACCCCCCUCCACCUGAUCGUGAUUGCCUUUCCGUCAUUGCUCAGUUAAUGAAUUACUAAGUUGCUCGGGGACUUCUGUUAGUUCUGAGUUAUUUCUUCACCACAGGUAGAAUGAACAAUUGUUUCCAAAAGAAAGACCUGCUUCAGAAAACAUUUAAUUGCAAUAUGUGUGACCUGUGCCUGGGGCUUACUUUGUGAAUAGACAGUACAGUUUGUGAUAUCUGAUUUCAGAAGUAUCAGUAAAUCAUGUAGUUUGAUUUCAGGGAGACCAGAAAAGAAUCUCUGCUCCCUUAAUAUUUGUAAAGCUGCUUGCAAUUCCAUGAUUAGAGCAUCAUUCCUUUAGCUUGAGGCUCUCUGGCACUUGUUAAAAUGCAAAUGCCCCCUGAAGAAGGGUGUCACACAUUAAGCCUUAUGUGACUGUGUACAUCUUGGUAUGAUUAAGUUUGUCAGCUCUUUUUCGGAGAACACAUUUGGUAGGAAAGGAGAGACAAAGGUGCUGGGGUGCAUAGGAAGUCCCACCUUUCAUAAAUGUGAUCACUUCACGAUCUUGGGAAAUUACAGCAUAUAAAUGUAGCUUACAUUCAAAGGAGCAGCCCCUCCCUUUACUCUCCCAAGUCCAAGGACCAGGGGUAUCAUCCUGUCAUUUUUGGAGUUGCCCACAGAAACUUAGCUCAUAGCUUUUGCAUAGCAAGCUGCAAACCCCCAGGUGUUGCCUUUUUAAUGAUGCUGGUGGGGAUUUUGUUUUGUUUCUUGACAUUGCAUGGCUCAUAUUGCUGAAUGUGGGGCAGGGUCCGGUCCCUGGCACAAGAGGCGCUUCAGGGAGAGUGCAUGCGUUGUAAAGCGUCUCCAAUGGUCCUGGCCACGGAUGGAUUGUCAUGUUUUCAAGUGGGCUCUCAAGGUUUUUCUGGAUCUUCCCGUGUGGAUCAUGGAAUAUGAAUGGAUACCAGUCUCUGCCUGCACAUCUGCCAUCUUUAAACUGGGAAAAUUGGAUCUAGAGGAGAAACUAAUGCUAACAUUUCCCUUUUGUUUGGGGGAAAGAUCUGAGCCUGUCUUGGGUUCUGGUUGCUCUUGACUUUUUUUUUAAGGAAAGAAAGAAACCAUCGUAGUAUUCUGGUACCAAAGUGAACCCAAUCUAUGUUCUUUUUGCACUGGCCCAUGCUGCAUAGCGCCUUAGUUUUGAGAUUUGUAUGUGUGUAUGUGUGUGUGUGUGUGUGUGUGCACGCACAUGAGCAUUGUGUAUUUUUGUUUUUGUUUUUCCAAAAAAUUGAAAUGUAAUGAAAGGGCUAAUACCACCCAGUAAUAUGAAACGUGUUCACGCUGCUUCCUCCGAUGCUUUUCCCCCUCUUCUCUGUAAGGUUGUUGUACCUUAUGCUAUUUUAGUGUAUUGUGUGCAUGUAAUAUUGUGGCAACAUGAAAAAUGUGCCACCCUUAGUGUACAAAGAUGACAUUACUAAAUAAUAGCUCCAGAAGUUAAUUCAGGCUUGUGCUGAGCUGCCCUCACUUUUUUCCUGUUCUCCCCUGAGAGCUGGAAUCCAUGGAGAGAGCUUGGGGUCAGUCCAUGGCCAGGACUCAAGCCCAAUCUGUGGCCACGGUGAGGGACUCAAUUUGUCCAGAUCAAGGAGGUCAGUUCUGUGUCCAAGAGCCAGGGCUAAAUCUGUGCUUAGGAUGGAGGGGGGAGUAGAGCCAUCUAUGUCUGGGAUUAAUGCUCAGUAUUUGGUUAGCAGGGAGUAUGUUGAGGGUUAUGGCCAGGUUAGGCAAGCCCCAGUUUCUAGCUAGUUCUCAAUUAUAGGAGCACAAAUUUAGAUCUGGAAGGGACCUGAUAAGCCAACUGUUCUCAUUUGCCAAACAGUUCAUAAGUGUCGUAGGUGAAUUAUGAACUGAGUUCUUCCUAGCUCCAAAUCCAGCACUUUCCAUAUACAUACAUGCUCUCUCUCUACAGGCCAUGGCCAGGAUCAAGGGCCACGUGUAGCCAUAGUUAAGGAGUCAGUCUAUGUCAUGAUCAGAGAGUCUGCUUGUCAUGAGAGUUAGCUCGGUCCUAGCUCAGUAUUUAGGUCUGGAUCCAGGACCAGAGGAAUGUCAGUCUGUGACUAGAUUUAAGAUGUAGGCUGAUUCCAGGGUUGGAGUUUGGGGGUGGAGAAAGUCAAUUUGUAUUAAAGACUGGGGAGUCAUUCUGUGACCAAAUUUAGGGAUCAAUCUUUGGCUACAAUUAGAAGCCCAGUCUGUUGUUGGUAUUAUGGGAUUAAUUUGGGAUUAGGGAUCAAUUGAUAUAUAAUUAGGGUUGGAAUAUUGUCAAUUUAUGGCUGGGUUUAGGGUACAGUAUCAGUCCCUGGCCAGUGUUAGUAUCUCAGCCUCUAGUAAGAAAACCAAGAGUUAUUAUUUUUUUCUGUGCAAAGUUACCGGCCCCUAUGGGGAUUGAGCCCAAAGUGUUGUCCUAAUUAUCGCUAAGCUUAAACUGAGUUAAUUAGUCCAAAUCCAGCAAGUCAGUUAUUAAAUGUGGGCUUAAUGACUAAAUUUGGGCAAGAAGAUGCAUUUGUCCAAUUCAGCCACAAGUCUGACACCUGCUGUGGUUUAAUGUUUACAGUUCACUAGUUCAGUCAUUUGGUUGUGACUUGAUUUUAUAACAUGACUUUUUGGGUUCCCUUGUGACUAUGUAUGUUUUUUUUUUAAAAUCAAUAUGAAUAAGACAGCUUCCAAAACUUCGCCAAGGUGAUUCGUUUCAUUCACAUGUCUAGGAGUUGGGGUUGUAUUACUCAUGGGAUGGGGAAGGGGGACAAGGGAAAGCCAUCUCCCAUUGUUGGGGGGGGUAGACCAAAAAGGGUUCCACAAAAACAUAAAUCAGAAGCCAGGUUAGAUUUUAAAAUGAAGGUCUUUUUGAAAAUCAAAAUUCAGAAACAGUGGGAAAUGUGAAAUAAGCCAGGUCCCCUUGUGUUCCCUCCUAUUUCAGUUACUCUGGUAAAACUGUAGGCUUGGAGAAAGCUGGGCUAAGAAAGCUUACAGGGGACUGGAAAAUCUGGAGAUUUUUUUAUUUAUUAAUUUUGGUAAUAACAAAUCUAACAUUUGUUUUUUAGAAUCAUACAAUCUUAGAUUUAGAAGCGAUAUUAGAAGUCAUCUAGUUGAAUUUCCUGUAUGGUAUCUUUGAGAAUUUUCAAAAAUUAUCCAUUAAUGGAACUCACUACUUAGCAAGGCAAGCUAUUCCAUUGUUUAACAAUUAAGUGAUUCGGGGGACUCCUUACCCUGAGACACUACCCCCUCCUCCAAGCUACUCCAAGUUUUAGAGACUUUGUAGGUUAGAUUCCUUUCAAAACCAUAGCUUAUAGGUGUUCACCAAUAUGUUUACUUUUACUAUUCAGGCAGAAGGUAUAUUUAGUUUAAAGCAAAGGCUAUUAACAAAAUAGCAAAAUAAUUACAAUUAUAGCAGAAAUUCUAGAUAUAAAUCUUGAUUUCACUCUCCCAUAAAUAAUCAUACUCUCUAGGGAGAAGGGUAAAUUUGAAUAAUGUACCACUGGGGAUAUGCUUGUUGCCAAAACACUUCCAAGUUGAAGCACAUGAACAAGGAAUGUGUGUGGCUAGAGCACACGUGAAAAAACAACACAUACCUUUAAUGUUGUAUAGCCAUCAAUGUCUUUUGGUUCUUGCAACAUGGGGAUGUUCUCUGCUCUGCUUGUUUUCCCAUAGAAAUCAAAUCUCAACUGUUCCCCAUUGGUCAUUGUAUCUUCAGUUAAUUUUCAGCUACUUUUAGGACAACCUAAUAUCCUGUCCAACUUUGAAUGUCUUUAUGUGCUUACAUCACAACAAAUGUACCUUUUUACCCUGCUUUCCCUGCUCCUAUCCCUCAGUUUUAACAAAGAAAACAAUGAAGCUAAAAUGACCAGUAUAAGUAACAAUAUCUAUUCACAUGCUACAUUUGCCAUCCAUAGUUUUCAUCACUAUUCAAUAUUGGUCAUUGCAUUUAUUCAGAGUAAAUACUUUUUGUGAUGUUUUUACUUACGAUAUUGUAGUUAUUUGUGCAUAUUGUUUCUUCACUCUAUCAGCUCAUAACAGUCUUCCUAUAUUUUUCUAAUUUCCUUACAGUCAGUAAGAGGAGCUAGCAAAUGGGAGAAAGAGGGGUCAGAAAAGUAGGAGACAUCAAGGGUAUAGUGUCAUGGAAGUACAGAGAGAAGGAAUCAUUAGUGUCAGACUCAGGAGAAUGACUGACUAGAAGGCCAUUAUAGCUAUUGAUUAUCUGAUUGAUUAUCCACUUCCCAAAGUUGAGUCAGAAGUCAGUUUAUUAAGGAGUGGAUAGAAAGUGGAGACACUGAAUACUCACUAUUAUUUUCUGAAGCUCAGUGGCAAAGGAAAGUAAAAAAAAAAGACAAGAGGUAGGUAUGACAAAGAUAAAAUAGGGAAGGAUUUUUCAGACUAGGGAGAAGGGAACCUGAGCAUGAUUAUAGGCUACAAGGCAGGAGCCAUUGGAAAAGGAAAGGUUGAAGAUACAGAAUAAUUGAGGGAGUCUUAGGGGAAGUAGGGGAGAAUGGGAUCAAAAUAUGGGUCAAUGUGCUAAAUUUAAUCGAUUUAAAAAAUAUAUUGUACAUAACAUUCACAGCCUCAUACAGAAUUCUCAUUUUGUUCUUUGUAUAUGAAAAUAGUUUUGUUUAUUUUUGUCAAGUUCAUUUGAAAAAAAAAAGAUGGUUAGAAAUUUAUCUUGGAAAGAAGAGAUGCUUCUUUCUCGAGGACAGAAAUACUGAAAAAGAGAAAAAUUAUUUAUAUAGAAGAAGAAGUUCUAGAUGCAUAGCCUGGAUCUUCUUAGUGAAGUAGUUGGUCUAGUGAAAGGAGGGAUAUUGGGGGGAGAAAGACCUACUCUUGAAGGCUCAUUUUUGUUUUGAACAAAAGGCUUUUUGUUGCUUUUUGAAACAAGUCUUAGCUCAUUCUGGGCUUUGGAUUUCCUGAUUGGAUGUACCACAUGCUUCUAUGCCUCCUUGGCAGGUUCCCCUCACCACAACUGUCCUUUUAAAAUAGAAAGGUUAUCUGUGAACUCGCUAUGAAAUCACAUUAGUUUCUUUUAAACAGCUGGCCCUGUUCUUGAUCAUGGAAAUUAUUCUUGUAUAAUAGAAGCUUUGGCCUUGAAGCAAUUCCUUACCUUCUCCCUUAGCUUUUAAAAAUCUUUCCUAAAGUCUGGGGUACAUGCUGAUGUUGCCAGAUGUCCCAUCUUUUAAGUUGAAACAUUCAUUCUCUCUCAAGAUUCUCAGUAAUAUAGUUGAUGCAAGAAACUGGAUCUACUUCAGUUAAAAUUACUCAUUUUUCAGUGCUAUCUGUAUAUAAGGCAAUAUUCAAAAGAAAUAAGGACUAAAUUAAACAGAUAGUACAGUAGAUAUCUUUUCCUUCUAGAUCUAAGUAUCUUAGCACUUGGAAUGCUGGGAGUUAUCUGAAGGGAAAGCAAAAUUCACAUUAAAAAUACCAGUUCUUAGCUAGGUAGAAAAAAUAGCUACCCAACUAUACCUAUAUAUUUUUUUUCUUUCUCAUUUAUGUUGAGGCUUCUUAUGUGUUUGUGUGUGUUUUUAUACAUGCACACAUUUGGGAUAUAUUUUUGACAAUGCCAAAUGUCCCAUCUUUUUCAUAUAUGAAAUACAUAUAUACAUUUGUAUGUAUGUAUAUGUAUAUAUAUGUGGAUAUGCUUCUCCAGCAUUAUUACACUGUAAGAAACUAAGAAUAUGGUUUUUGUUUUAUUCCAUUUCAAUGGAAGUAACAUCUGACAUGAAACUGAAACUGCCCUAUGUUUUGUCUCCCCAAUUAAAAUAUGAGUUCCUUGAGAGCAGAA